CGCUGUCGUGUCAAGAAUGCUGCGUGGAUCAAACAUUGACUUCUAACUAACUUAACCAUGGAACAGAAGGAAGAACCAACUGAAGGAUACUUCAUUGUAAUAAGGAGAAGCAAGAAGGGCUUUAGCCGGGGCUCUAUAUGGCGUAAGGAUGCAGAGACACCAGAGGGAGAUUUGAUUGGAAUGAUUUAUGGAGGAAGUGGUAGUUUGAAAAGUAGUGGCAGGGUGAAGAAGCUGGACACGUACCCGCUCUCGCAGCACCAGGCUCAGCUGCUUCUGUUCGUUUCCCCCGCCGGCCGUCGGCUGGACCUCCUGUGUCAUGUUCAGCUUUUCGGUGCGAUAUGUGAUCUCGCUGAGGAUGAUGUUGUCGUGGUUAAGUAUAAGAAGGAUUUUCAGCCGUGCCUGGUGAAGAAUUUGAUGGAAGUCGGGAAGAAAGACAAGAUAGGAGAUUUACACAUGCUGGGAUUUGAACUGGAGUUAUUGGACACUGCUGAACAAGAUAGUUUGUCGAAGAAGGCUGUGUCCCUGCCUGUGUUUAGCGCUGUAGACAUUGUGCAAGUAGUUCCAUCACAUUUAAACAGCAGACAACCACUGAGAGUCAACUCUGCUGCGGAUUUGAACAGGAAUGCUGUGACUCGCAUCAAUUCCCUUCCAUCUUACAAGUCACACAGUUUGAAAAUAGGAAGUAUAUUCCGCAAGCAGGAUGUGUCCAACUCCAUUCAGGUCUUGUCUGAUUGUUCGUUUGAGGUGGGAUCCAUGGUAGAGGUCAUGUCUGAUAAUGGUAUGACUAUAUAUGGAGUGAUCAGGUGGAUUGGAGUCCCAGAGGGGAAGAAAAAUGACUGGGCAGGACUUGAGCUGGACAGUGAGUUUAUAUCUUCAGACAAUUCAGACGGUAUGUUUGGUACCAAGCGGUAUUUUACCUGUAAAGGAAACACAGCCUUGUUUGUGCCAUUGAACCGGUGCAAACCAGACUGUAGAUUUCAGUUCAACUUGUCUUUGAAUGGGAUCCCAAAACCACCAGAGACUCAUUCAGUCACAAGCCUUGAGGAUUCAGACAAUGUCCCUCCUCUUGGUGAGCCAGAAAUCUUGUCCCGUCUGGUAGGCAGAAUGAGGGGGAUUCAAGGUCACUUAAACUCAUGUUAUCUAGAUGCUACUCUCUUUAGUCUUUUUACAUCAUCCAGCGCUUGCGAUGGAGUUAACACAUCAGCAGACAGCGAGGAAGGCAUUUCACACAUUUUAAGACGAGAUAUUGUGAACCCUUUACGAAGAUCUGGCUUUGUUCCAGCAGAGAGUGUGAUGAACUUUCGUAAACAGCUUGGCUGCAAAUCGUUUACCACGGAAGAGAAAGAUCCAGAGGAGUUCAUUGCCAUUCUACUAAAAGAUGUUUUACACUUGGAGCCAUUGCUCAAAUUCAGGUCACAUGGAGAGCUGUCACAAGAUGCCUAUACACAUCAGAUAAUUGUAGAGAAGAAACAAGUGGGAGUGUUGCCUUCAGUUCAACAGCUGCUUGAGAUCUCUUUGGUGUCAAGUGAUCUCAAAUUUGAAGAGAUUCCAUCGUGCCUUAUAGUUCAGAUGCCACGGUUUGGAAAGAAGUUUAAGAUGUUCUCUAAAAUCAUUCCCUCAACAGAGUUGGACAUCACAGACGUAUUGCAUUUUUCUUCCCGGCAAUGUUUUCUGUGUGGCCGUCUAGCUGACUAUGAGUGUCCCCAUUGUUUGAUGGACCAUAAGCUCCAGCCAGGUAGAAUCAAGCAGUAUUGCUCCACCUGCAACACACAGGUUCACAUUCAUCCCUCCCGACAGGAACACGCUCCUCACAAACUUAUACUUCCAGAUCAUGUUCCAGCAGAUGCACCUGUACAGAGGAAAACCAUGCAGCUGUUUGCGGUUCUCUGUAUUAACACUAGUCAUUAUGUUUCUUUCGUGAAGUACGGCCCUGACCCACGGUCCUGGAUAUUCUUCGAUAGCAUGGCCGACAGAUACGGUGACGAUAACAAUGGCUACAACAUUCCGGUCAUCAGGGCUUGCCCUGAGGUCGCAGACUUUCUUUCUCAGUCUGAAGAGGAGCUCGCCACAGCAAAUCUGAGUCAGUGUACUGACCUGGUGCAAAGACUGCUGGGAGAUGCAUACAUGUGUCUAUAUCAGAACACAGAAUCACAACUAGCAUCAUCAAUGAGCACAGAUGUUUCCAUAACAUAAUAUCUUUGGACUACUGUGUCCAUGCUAUCUGUGCUGUGGCAUUAUUAUCAUCAUUAAGGACAAUGAGGUUGUGUUUGGACACUCUGUACAGUAACAAACUGUGUUUAUGAUUUCUAAAGGAAAUGUAUAACACACACUCACACACUCACUUCCAGCAAUGUGUUAUUAAAUAUUAUUUAAAUAUAGAAAUGUAAAGUUGUAAGAUUCUGUGUUUAUAUUUGUAUGAAAUACAUAGAUUUUGCACUA